AUGCCUGAUUAUUUAGGAAACGAUCAGAGGAAAGUCAAAGAUGAUGAGCCAGACAAAGAGAAACCCAUUCAAGCUCUUGAUGAAGGUGAUAUUGCCCUCUUAAAAACUUAUGGUGUUGGGCAGUAUAGCAAACUUAUUAAAGCUUGUGAAGAAGAUGUGCAGAACAAUCUUAAGAAAGUUAAUGAACUUACAGGACUAAAAGAAUCAGACACAGGAUUGGCCCCACCAGCUUUAUGGGAUUUAGCAAAUGAUAAACAGAAUCUGCAAAAUGAUCAACCCCUACAGGUUGCUCGUUGUACAAAGAUUAUAAAUGCUGACUCUGACGACCCUAAAUACAUCAUCAAUGUAAAACAGUUUGCCAAGUUUGUGGUGGACCUCGGUGAUCAUGUGGCUCCCACAGACAUCGAAGAAGGAAUGCGAGUUGGUGUGGAUAGAAAUAAAUACCAAAUUCACAUUCCGUUACCACCCAAAAUUGAUCCAACUGUUACCAUGAUGCAGGUAGAAGAGACUCCAGAUGUAACAUAUGAAGACAUUGGUGGCUGUAAGGAACAAAUUGAAAAACUGCGUGAAGUUGUGGAAACACCCUUACUUCAUCCUGAAAGAUUUGUAGAUCUUGGAAUCGAGCCUCCAAAAGGUGUUCUUCUAUUUGGUCCUCCUGGAACUGGUAAAACUUUGUGUGCUCGAGCUGUAGCUAACAGAACUGAUGCUUGCUUUAUUAGAGUCAUUGGUUCUGAAUUGGUACAGAAAUAUGUUGGAGAGGGUGCACGUAUGGUUCGUGAACUUUUUGAAAUGGCCAGAAACAAAAAAGCCUGUAUUAUAUUUUUUGAUGAAAUUGAUGCAAUUGGGGGUGCCAGGUUUGAUGAUGGAGCUGGUGGUGACAAUGAAGUGCAAAGGACUAUGCUGGAAUUAAUCAACCAGUUGGAUGGCUUUGAUCCUCGAGACCAUGAGGGACGAACACAAAUCUUUAAAAUUCAUGCAAAGCCAAUGAAUGUGGAAAAGAAGAUCCGCUUUGAAAUGUUAGCUAGGAAAUGUCCCAACAGUACAGGUGCUGAAAUCCGCAGUGUGUGUACAGAAGCAGGGAUGCUGGCUAUAAGAGAACGGAGAAAACUAGCUACAGAGAAAGAUUUCCUUAAUGGGGUCCAUCAAGUAAUCAAAGCUCUGGCUAAAUUUAGUGCCACACCUCGUUACAUGACUUAUAAUUAA